AUGGCGGGAGGGAAGGUGUACUCGUUCGAAGAGGUGCGGAAGCACAACACCCUGGAGGAUUGCUGGCUCAUCAUCCACGGCAAGGUGUACGACGUGACGCCGUUCAUGGCGGAGCACCCCGGCGGCGAGGACGUGAUGCUGGUGAGCACCGGCAAGGACGCGACGGUCGAUUUCGAGGACGCACACACCGAGGCGGCGAGGGAGCUGCUGCCGCAGUACUGCAUCGGGGAGAUCGACGCCGCGACCAUCACCGCCGAGCUCGUCCAACCCUCCAAGAAGGCAUGGGCUACCAAGCCGAAAGCGGGCCCCACUAGCCUCUGGAUCACGCUGCUGCAGCUCGCCGCGCCUCUCCUGCUGGUGGCCUUCGCGCUCCAAAACUACACCAGCACCACUACAGAGUACUAGCUAGUUAGUGGUACAAGAGAAAAGAAGAGCAGAUGCCGUGGCGAAUUCCGCCGUGAUGCAAAUCCUACAGCCUUCUUCUUGGAAGUACUACCUGUCAA